AUGACUCUUUGUAGCAAAGCUUGGGCCUUUCGCGUUACGUGGCCAGUAUUGCCACCAUCAGCGCGUAAGCGACCUGCCUUGGGCUUCCGGGUACAACAACGCUUGUUCCGGUCAACUAAAAGCCUACCCGCAAGCGUUUCUGGGUCUAUCUACACGUGCGAUGAUAGCAACGCACCACGUGUUCGAUUAUUUACGAAAGAGGGAUGUACGCUUUGCGACAAGGUAAAAGGCGUCCUUGUCGAACUCAAAGCGCCAUACCCUCAUUGUCUUGAGCAAGUUGACAUAACGGACAAAGAAAAUGCAGAAUGGUUCGAUCGCUACAAAUAUGAUAUUCCUGUUCUGCAUCUGGAUGGGAAAUACUGGACGAAACAUCGUCUGACCACGGAGGAAGCUAUUCGAGGUCUGAAAGCUUUUGGAAAUGGGGCGUUCGAGAGCCAGGCAGGCGAGCCUAAUGCUGCCAGAAUGGAAAGGAAGUAA